UUUGACGAGCUGCGAGACACUGUGCGCUGCGACCUCAUCCUCACCAUGGAUCGCUUUGACCAUGCUGAGGUCCAGAAGGAGAUGACGCACGGCGCCGAGCACGCCGCGCUCCGCGCCGCCGUGCACGACAUCGCGGCCGCCUGCCGGCACCUGGUGGGCAGCUUGGCCCAGCUCAAGGCGCGCGCGGGUGCCUCCACGAGCCUGAGGAUCGCGCUGGCCUGCCUGCUACAGUGCCCGGCGCUGGACCCGCAAGUGCUCACCGCCCGGCGCCGCGCCGCCUCGCUUCGUCGCCCGCUGUGGCGCUCCGAGGGCGGGCGCCUGCUCACGCUGCGCACGCUGCGGGGCGAGGGGCGCGUCGUGGCGGCGCGCCGCGCGCCCGUGGUGCCGUGCGGCCACUGGCGCGACGCGCGUAGCGUGGACGAGGCGCUGCAGGCCUGGCUGGCGGCGCGGGGCGGGGAUGGCGGCGGCCGCCUGCCCACCCAGGCCGCCCUCCGCGCCUCCAGCGCCAACUCCCUCAGCUGGGCGGUCGAUCGGCACGGCGGCAUGGCCGCCGCAGCGCGCCGCCUGGACCUGGCCAUGGCCCUGCGCCGGCCCAACGGGCACUGGGACAUGCCCGCGCUGGCCGCCGAGCUGGCGCCCUACCUGCUGAGGGAGCAAGAGGGAAGCGCCCCGCGCCUGCCCACCGCCGCCGCGCUGGUGGCGGAGGGCAGGACUGACCUGGUCCGUGCCAUACGGCUGAACGGCGGCUUCAAGGCCUGUGCCCGCAAGCUGGUCAUGUACGAGGAGGCGGGCGGGGGCAAGGAGGACGGGGUGGAUGGGCGACUCAAUCUAGGGUCCCCUUGGGCCGCCAGGCGGAUGCCUCAGACCCCAGGGCAGGCGCGCCAGGAGGGCAGGCUGGAGGCGGCGGCGGCGCGGAUCAGCCAUGACGCCAAGACGGGGGCCACCAGCGUCAGUUUCCUAGAGGCAGUGGGGGUGGGCAGCGCCGAGGCCGCCCAGUCCCUGCUUGAGCGCGCUACGAAGCAGAGGGCGAUCGGCUGCACCGCGAUGAACGAGCACUCCUCCCGCUCGCACAUGGUGUUCAUGCUGAGCAUUACGGGGAAUAACGACGAGACGGGGCAGACGGUCCGAGGCCAGCUGAACCUGGUGGACCUGGCGGGGAGCGAGCGCUUGUCCCGCUCCGGCGUCGAGGGCAAGGGCGUCAAGGAGACGCAGGCCAUCAACAAGUCGCUCAGCGCCCUGGGCGACGUCAUCGCGGCGCUGGUGAACAAGGACACCCACGUGCCGUACCGCAACUCCCGCCUGACCCACCUGCUCCAGGGCUGCCUGGGCGGCGCCUCCGGCAAGGCACUCAUGCUCGUGCACGUCGCCCCUGAGCCCGGCAGCGCCCAGGAGACGCUGUGCUCGCUGCGCUUUGCCGCCAAGGUCGGGGCGGUGGAGGUGGGCACCGCGCGGCGCCAGGUGGCGGCCGCCCCCACGUGA